GUGCUGCCUUGGGUCCAGGCAGAACCAAAAUAAGGGGACCUUCGUGCAGAAUAACUGGACUCUUGGUUUUUGCGGUGCGGGACCAAUUAAGAGGAAAACGUGAACUACUGUAAGGUCCUUCUGGGUGUGAGAAUGGUCUCUACGGUCACGAACAGCGACGUGAAGCAGAAAGAUAUCGACCAGGCGGUGGUUGUUGCUGUGACUUUUGCUGCAGUUUUUGGACCUGAAGCUGAAGAUGACAGCACAGUUUAUAGGUUGGGCAUGGGUCUUCCAUUGCUUCAGGUUCUGCAGAGAGUGAAUGAGCGUCUGCUGGAGAAAAAUCCAGCUGAACAUCAGCUGUUUGACGUCAUCUUGAUCACUACGGAUAGCUGGCAGCAGCAGCAGAAUUCCAGCAUCAUUAACAGCACCAGACAUCACGGUCUAGAAAUCAGCAGGUUCUGCUUUUCAACAGAGGACAACUACAUUGAGAGUCUCAUGCAAAAUAAUGUUCAGCUCUUCUUGACAAUAGAUGGAAACGAAGCAUUGCAGGCAACACACCACGGUGUUCCUUCAGCACUGCUGGAUAAGAACUUGGUUUCCUGUCCAUCAGAACAGCUCAGAGUUUUAUUCUGUGAGAACGCCAUCAUCCAACCCAACAUAGGUUCAACAGAAGCAAGCAAAAAAUCUGCUCAGAACUUUUUAGCUCAUUUAGGCCAGAUGAGGCAGAAGUUUGGUGUGUUUGACAGCCCUCUUUGUUUCACUCUUGUAACAUCACAUGGUGGCAAAGACAGCUGCUGCUGCGCCCUAAAAUCACUUCGGUCCCUGGGCGUCAGCGUGGAUGAAGCAUACUGCCUGGGUGGGGCCCCGCGUGGCCCCAUCCUGUCGCUGCUCCGACCUCACUUUCUGCUCAGCCAUGGAUUCAGCCUACUGGAGGCCUGAUUGUCUCUUCACUUGAAUGUCACAGAAACUUCGGGAACAUUUCGUGGCUAUCACUUAGCUCAAUAUUAGACAGCCAGUAAAGUCCGUAAAGGUAUACAAAUGCAAAGGAGGUUCAACACAGUUGCCACUCUGAUUGGUUGCUUUUGAUUGGGAGCAUUGUUUUUUUUUUCAGGCAGGAGGUGGAGAAGCUCAAUCUUUUCACACAAAUAUUUUAAAAGAUGUAAAAAAAUAAAAGCUGGUUCUGAGUUCAGAACCAAUAAAGAUAUUUAUUUAUUAAUCUCUUGCAAAUCAAAAGUUUACAGAUUGUUAAAGCAAGAAUGGAAAUCCCAGACUAUGUCAUAGCCCUGAAAACAUCUGAUGGGUCAACUGAACGUUUGGGUUGGCCUAUACGCUAUUAUGAUCUUGGUCUGUUUUGCUACAUUAGAAACUGGCAAACGUCAUAAAAUAGAAGAUUCUGUGGAAAUAUAAUAGCAACAUAUAAGGAAGCCAGGAAGUUAAAGUUUGAGUUCAGAUUGGUUGUCCAUAUGGACAAUGCAUACAGAGGUUACAAAGUGACUUCAAGACAACAAAGCGAAUGUUUUAUUGUGGCCAGCUCAACACCCAGAUGUCAAUCCUGUAGAGAAUGUGUGGGAAGAGCUGAAAUGGUGUGUGUGAGUGGGGUAGCCUAUAACCCUAAUUGGUUCCAGCAGAUCUUUCUGUAGAAACAUGUCAUUAUUUCAUCAACCUGUCGUGAGAACACCUAAAAGUUCAUACAGCUCAAUGGCAAUACUACCAAACACACAGUGAACAAAUGUAUGUAAACUUACAAUUUUGAAGCUACUAAUAAAUACAUCUAACAUA